GCGCGAGAGGAGAGACAGCAGCGAAACGGAGAAGGAAGGAGCGGCGAGGAGCGGCAGGCCGCGAACAGUCUCGUCGACGACGACGUCGUGUCCGGCUCCACUUAGUUCGCGCGCGCCGAGGCGCGCCCGCGCCCACUUCCUCUUCCCCCUCGGUCAGCUCCCGUCGCCGCUUCACGCCUCGAUGUUGUCGCGAGUGCGCGCCAACGCGGGCUGACGAGGCCCUGCGGACGUCCUUAUCUUAGGCUCUGUGCCCCGCUGGCCGCGGAGCCUCGAGCGCCGCGUUUCUAGGUCGGCUCCUGUUGAUAUGACUGGCGGAGCCGUGCGGCUGCCAUCCGCGGGAGAUCGGUAAAGACGGGCGGCGGCGGUACUGCUACUGCCGUAGCUGCUGCUGCUGUUGCUGCUGUUACUGCUGUUACUGCUGUUGCUGCUUCUGAAUCCGAACGACCCAGGUCACCCAGGCGUUCUCCACCCUUUUUUACCUCCACGCAUUUUUCACUGGAAGGCCAAAAAGGAAACAUGGGGCUACUCGGUAAUUUCGGCACGUCUCUGACGCUCCUGUUGGCGCACUUGAGCCUCUUUCGAGCUCAUCGAGAACACAAGGUGCACAACAUCGUGCUGUAUCCAGACAAAGAGAGUUGGUGCAAAACAACACCGAUCAAGCAGGUCGUCACCUGGCCCCAGUGCUCGUCCCAGGAACUCGACAACAAUGUCUGCGUCGGCGCCUGCUUCUCUUACAUGGUGCCACACAGCGAACCAUCGGCACCCGGUGACCUCAUCAGGCCGUAUUGCGACUCCUGUCAGCCACUCGAUAGCAUUUGGCAUACGGUGACUCUCGAAUGUCGAGACAAGGACGACAAGCCAACGACAAUGCAGAAGAAAGUUCAGAUAAUUACCAACUGCUCCUGCAGCUCGUGCAUGGAGUCAUCUCGCAUAAAGCCGGAUCUGAAUAGUCUGCUGCAGUCGCUGGAGCUCGAGUCUGGCCACGUUGGCAGUCCGUCUCAUCAAUCCCACUUGCAGCAGCUGCAUCAGCAGUACCAGCAGAUUCAGCACCAGCAUCAGCAUCAGCACCAGCAUCAGCACCAGCAUCAGCACCAGCACCAGCAGUCGGAGCAACGGGACUCUGGUAAGGAGUUGACAUCUACCGACCAAACGGAGCACGUUUCCGACGUUCCCGGAGCUGGACUGCUGAAUCCGAACCUCAACGGCUCGAACAAGAGCUUGGGAAGUGGCAAGGCCAACGAAAGGUUUCUCCAGCUCUUUAAGCAGCUUAGUGGGCCAGGCUUAGGGACUGAUAAGCUCGAAAAGUUCGCGAAGCUCGAAGGCCUUGAAAAAUUGGAGAAACUUGAGAAAUUAGCUACAGAGUAUGCGGGAGCAAAGGAACUGUUGGCGAAACUAAACGAGUUACUGCAUAAAUAUAGCCAGGAUGAGAAAACGGGCAUCGAGUCACAAUUGGACGAUGAAUCUAAAAGUUCACCGGAUGAUGAGCUCUUACAAAUAGAGCCAUCGUCGUCAUCGUCGCCAUCGUCCUCGUCUUCGAUGUUGUUGUCACCCUCUUCCUCCACAUUAUCGCCCGUAUCAAGUCAAGACGCAGUCUCAAUAUCAACAAUUCCCGAACUUCCAAAGGACGAAGACGACGAGGAGGUGCCAUCUCUUCAGGAUCAACAGUUGCGCGUCGCUGCCUCUCUAUUACACCGUACAGGACCUCAUCAUUCCAUGGUCCUUGAUUCGGGCGUUAAAGAGAAGAUCGACGUCGAGUCACAUUAUUUACACCCGGCCCUGGCUGGACAGGAGAUCAGUUACCAUGACAACAUCCUGCUAGAUAAAACGAAGAAAAAGGUUUUUUGAGGACUUGAUACUCAAAAUGUUAAUGUAUGCGUAAUUUCAAUUCAUAGCUACAAUUUAACGA